AUGGACGCAACGCCUUCCACUUCCUCAAAUAUGGACGUCGACGCGCCCCAUCAGAUCUCUUCUCCCUCGGAUUCCGCCCUCUCCUCGCCUCUCUCGGUACUGUCAAAAUCCCCAUCAAUACCCUCGUCGCCUGAAAUCGCUCUCGACGCGUCAAAGAGAUACCCGUCGCCCACGUCCUCUAUGCCUUCCGGCGCCCAGUCGCCAAUCAAGCUGGAGGCCGCUGAAGACUCUGUGCCCGCCAUCAAGCUUGACGACGCUGCCGACUCCAUCAACGUCAACUCCAACGAUGCCCCCGACGGCCAGCCGCCCAGGAAGCGGCGCAAGGAACGCACCACGGAGCACCUCAACCUGGACGAAUGCGACGUGGACGACAGCAAAUUGGCACGCCUCGUCUCCGCCCUGAAGAAGCGGAAGAAGAUUGUCGUCAUCGCAGGGGCUGGGAUUUCCGUUUCGGCAGGCAUUCCUGAUUUUCGAUCCAAGACCGGCCUUUUCGCGACACUCCCGAAUGAGCACAAGGUAAAAGGCUCAGGCAAGCAUUUGUUUGACGCCUCGGUCUACAAGCACGACUCCUCAACCGAAAAAUUCCACAAAAUGAUUUGCGACCUGGCGACCAUGGUCAAGGCCGCUAAGCCCACCAAGUUCCACCACCUCCUAGCGUCACUCGCCGCAGAGAACCGACUCCUUCGCCUCUACAGCCAAAAUGUCGACUGCAUCGACACAAACAUGGAGCCCUUGAAGACAAAUGUUCCCCUUAACACCAAGGGCCCAUGGCCCAAAACCAUCCAGCUCCACGGGAGCGUCGAGCACAUGGUGUGCUCGAAAUGCACCGAUAUCAAGCCGCUAAGGACAGAGCUUUUCGUUGGCCACGAGGCCCCACUGUGCGAGGAGUGCAAGACAAUCGACGAACUCCGAACCCAAUUUGAGCAGAGGCGGAGCCACGGCAUUGGUCGCCUGCGCCCCAGGAUGGUGCUUUACAACGAGUUUAACCCCGACGAAGAGGCCAUUGGGAAGGUUUCGAGUGUGGACCUGAAGUCGCGUCCCGACGCGGUCAUUGUUGUUGGCACAAGCUUGAAGAUUCCCGGCGUCCGGAGGCUCGUCAAGGAGCUGUGCCAGGUCACGCGCAGUCGUAGGGACGGGUUUACCGCGUGGAUCAACACGGAUUCUGAACCCCAGCACAACGACUUCAAGGACUGUUGGGACCUCGUGGUUCGUGGAAAGUGCGACGACGUUGCCCACUGGGCUGCGCUGCCACGUUUUGACGAGCCUCACGGCGACCAGUCCGCGUACCUUAGCGAGGGAGAGGACCAGCGGCGUCGGGACAGAAUUAGUAGGGACAACCUCGAGGUGCAACUUAUAUCGCCCACGCCCGAUUCGCCGACCAAGUCUGAUUCCAGCACUAUGUCGGAGACCAGAAAGCGCAAGCUCGUCGACCCCGUUCAGAGCAUUCCGACGCCCACAGCGAGCCCGAAGAUCAAGGCCGCCGAGGCUUCAAAGAAGAUUACCAAGCCCAAGCAAAGCAAGCUCUCCUUUGGCGGCCAGCAAACUACUGCUUCUGCAAGCGAGGCGCCUGCGAAGAAGGCCAAGAAGGCGUCUACCAAGAAGCCCCGAAAGUCCAACAACAAGAAGUCUACAGAACCGCCCAAGAACAGCGUCACUCAGACGUUCAAGACCCAAAAGAACCGCGAGCUUGCCGACAUGCCUCAGGAGACCCUGGCUGGCAAGUUGGACAAGCAGCAUUACAUGUAUCCCGAGUCCCAGCUUAAGUCCCAGCUAGAGCCCCAGCUCGAGUCUCAACCCGAGUCUUUGCUUCCGCCCCUGCGACCUGUACAAAAACCCAUCCAAAGCUCCGUUUACAAGCGUGCAGAGAACCUGGGCACCGAGGGGUCGGAGGAUGACGUUAUCCCACCUACAAGGCCUUUCGAAAAGAUGUCAAGACCGUCUUUGGCAGAAAGACCGAAGUCGUCACCGCACGCCGGCAUUACGAUGGAGGGCGGCAAGAACAGCAACGAUGUACGCCCUACCACGCCUAUGCAUAUACGACGACGAUCGGCCGACACGAUAUCCCCCGAGUCGGUUCCGCGAGGGAUGGAGUCCUUAAUGAAUUGA